AACAUUUUAUUUUAAGCAUUACAUCAAUAUUAAACAAACUAUUCUAGAAUCCUGAAAUCUAAGUUUAUAAAAUGUUGAAAGAAUCCGUUAUCCUUGUUUUCCUGGUAGGAUCCGUCCUAUCCUCUGGUGGAUACGGAGGUGGAGGAGGCCAUGGAGGAGGAGGAGGAUAUGGUGGUGGAGGUCAUGGAGGCGGUGGUGGAGGUCAUGGCGGAGGUUAUGGAGGAGGAACUGGUUCUGGUACAGCCUGCGUAGUGAAAGGCUCGUACUGUAGUUGCCACUACUGUACAUGUGAGAAAGGGAAAGUGAACUGUCAAGGGUACGGGGGAGGUGGAAAGGGAUAUGGCAAAAACUACUGCUAUGGUAGUACAGAGGGUGAGUACUGUACAUGUGACUACUGUAAGUGCCAGAACGGGUUCGGAGAGAAUGGAGGAUAUGGAGGAUGUGGAGGAGGACAUAAGAAGAAAUAAGAAAAUAAGAAUAGGAUGAAUAAUUUGUUUUUAGUUUUGUUUUGGUUUAUUAUAUUUUUUGUUAUU